GGGAAGGUGACGUGAACUGGCUCUACUUACUGGUCGCAGUCGGCUCUCUGUGGUUGAGACGACUCCACCGGAUUGCCUUCAGCACUAGCUUUCUGCUGCUCGUUGAAAGCCUUGCUCAGUACCUCUUGAUCUCAAGUUCCCCAAGCAACACAGGGCAAACAGAAACCUUGGAUUCUGGAAGGGCUUGUUUAUCGCGUCCAGACAGGCGAAGCUUCUCCAUAACUAAACUAAAAUUCUCUGCAGUCAACGCGAAGCGCUCAGCUAGCAACUGCUCGCCAAGAUGUCGGACGAUCCGGAAUCAUUCUUGACGGUCAACCGCAAGGAUCAGUUGGAAGCGGCGGCCACCCAGUUUGACACCAAGAAGAACUGCUGGGUGCCUGAUCAAAAGGAUGGUUUUAUUGCCGCAGAGGUGAUCAGCACCAAGGGGGAACAAGUCACUCUCAAGACGGUCACAGGAAAGCAAGUGACCCUCAAGAAAGAUGAUACCCAACAGAUGAAUCCUCCCAAAUUUGAGAAGGUGGAAGACAUGGCUGGUCUUACCUUUUUGAAUGAGGCUAGCGUACUGCACAACCUCCGAUCCCGUUACCACUCAGGUCUCAUCUACACAUACUCUGGAUUGUUCUGUGUGGCCAUCAACCCUUACCGCCGUCUGCCCAUCUACACCGACAAGGUGGUGAUGCUGUACAAGGGCAAGAGGAGGAAUGAGAUGCCACCCCACGUCUACUCUGUGGCUGAUAAUGCCUACCAUGACAUGUUGCAAGAUCAUGAGAACCAGUCCAUGUUGAUCACCGGAGAGUCCGGUGCAGGAAAGACGGAAAACACCAAAAAAGUCAUCCAGUAUUUUGCCAACAUUGCUAGUUCUUCAGCGGGCAAAGGGGCCUCUGAGGAAGGGAAGAAGGGUAACUUGGAAGAUCAAGUCAUCCAGGCCAACCCCCCUCUGGAGGCCUUCGGAAAUGCCAAGACGAUCCGUAAUGACAACUCCUCACGUUUUGGUAAAUUCAUCCGAAUCCACUUUGGUACAACGGGCAAGCUGGCAGGAGCAGACAUUGAGACUUAUUUGCUGGAGAAAUCUCGUGUGAUCUUCCAGCAACCUCUGGAGAGAAGCUACCACAUCUUCUACCAACUCCUCUCUGGGCAAAUCUCCGGUCUCAAUGAGAAACUUCUGCUGACUGGCAAGGCCACAGACUACAUAUACAUCAGCCAGGGAAAGACUGAGAUCGACAAUGUAGAUGACAAAGAGGAGAUGAAGAUCACCGAUGACGCUUUGAACAUCUUGGGCUUUGAGGAGGAAGAGAAGUUGUCCUUGUAUCAGCUGACAGCCGGUAUCAUGCACUUCGGCAAUAUCAAGUGGAAGCAGAGGCCAAGGGAGGAACAAGCUGAAAUUGAAUCCACUGACACUGCUGACAAGGUUGCCUUCUUGCUGGGUCUGAACUCUGCUGACUUGGUAAAAAACCUACUGCGACCCCGCAUCAAGGUUGGCAGUGAGUAUGUGCAGCAGGGAAGAACCAAGGAACAGGUGAUCUACUCUGUUGGUGCCCUUUGCAAGGCAAUCUAUGACCGCAUGUUCCGCUCCCUUGUUGCACGUGUCAAUAAGACUCUGGAUACCAAGGCAACUAAACAGUACUUCAUCGGUGUCUUGGACAUUGCUGGCUUUGAGAUCUUUGACUUCAACUCGUUUGAGCAGAUCUGCAUCAACCUGACCAACGAGAAGCUGCAGCAGUUCUUCAACCACCACAUGUUUGUCCUGGAACAGGAGGAGUACAAGAGGGAAGGCAUCCAGUGGGACUUCAUUGACUUUGGUCUAGAUCUGCAGGAUACCAUCACCCUCAUUGAAGGACCCAUGGGUGUCUUCAUGGUGUUGGAGGAGGAAUGCAUGUUCCCCAAGGCCACCGACAAGACCUUCCUGGAAAAGCUAGUCAAGAACAACUCUGACAAGCCCACUGUUUUUGGUAUACCCGCCGUCGGCAAGAAUAGGAGCAAGAGUGGGAGGGAAUUCCACUUUGAGAUCCAUCAUUACGCUGGCACAGUUGGCUACAAUGUGGACUUCUGGCUGGACAAGAACAAGGAUCCUCUGAAUGAGGCAGUUGUUGAGCUCUUCCGCAAGUCAACCAUGCAUCUACUUCAGUCUCUCUUUAUUGAAGCUGCCACAGGAGUUGGACGUAAGAAGGGUGGUUCUUUCCAGACCGUAUCUGCUCUCCACAGGGAACAACUCAACCGUCUGCUGACCACCCUGAUGAACACCAAGCCCCACUUUGUGCGCUGCAUCAUCCCCAAUGAGAACAAGAAGCCUGGUGUGAUCGAUGCCCACUUGGUCCUCCAUCAGCUGGCCUGUAACGGUGUGCUGGAAGGCAUCCGUAUCUGCCGCAAGGGAUUCCCCAACAGGAUGCCCUUCUCUGACUUCAAGCAGAGAUACAUGAUCCUGGCUCCUAGUGCUGUACCUCAGGGUUUCAUGGACAGCCGCAAGGCCUGUGAUCUGCUGCUCAAGUCCUUGGAACUGGAAGCCAAUGAGUACCGCAUGGGCCACACCAAGGUGUUUUUCCGUGCUGGAGUUCUGGGUCAGCUUGAGGACAUGCGUGAUACCCGCCUGGCUAGAAUCCUUUCCCUUCUCCAGGCUGUCUGCCGUGGCUUCCUCAUGCGUAGAAUCUACAAGAAGAUCUUAGACCAGAGAGUUGGUCUCGCUGUCCUACAGCGUAACAUCCGCAAGUACCUCAUACUCCGCAACUGGGGCUGGUGGCGUCUGUACACCAAGGUCAAGCCCCUGCUCAAUGUGGCACGCGCUGAGGAUGAAAUGAAGGCCAUAAACGAGGAACUGCAGAAGGCCAAGGACAAAGUCGUGAAGGAGGAGAAAGAGAGGAAGGCACUGGAGGAGAAGAACUCUGAGCUCUUGAAAGAGAAGAAUGACAUCUUCAUGCAACUACAGCAGGAGCAAGACAAUGCAGCUGACCUGGAAGACAAGCUGUCCAAGGUCAUGAGCCAACGUGUUGAUCUAGAAACCCAACUUGCUGAGCUACAGGCCCGUCUGGAGGAAGAGGAGGAUUCCAACGCUGACGUCACUGCCGCCAAGCGCAAGCUGGAGACCGAGUGCGACGAGCUCAAGAAGGACAUCGAGGACUUGGAGAUCACUCUGGCUAAGGUGGAGGAGGAGAAGAAGGCCAAGGACAGCCAUAUCAAGAUGCUGAACGAGGACUUGGCUGCCCAGGAUGAAGUCAUAGCUAAACUGAGCAAGGAGAAGGCUUCUCUGGAGGAGACCAACCAGAAAACUCUUGAGCAACUUCAAGCCGAGGAAGACAAAUGCAACCAUCUGACUAAAGUCAAGGCCAAGCUGGAAUCUACUGUGGAUGAGCUUGAGGACAGCUUGGAGCAUGAGAAGAAGGCCAGGGCUGAUGUUGAGAAGGUCAAGAGGAAACUGGAAGGUGACCUCAAGAUGACCCAGGAAACAGUGGAGGAUUUGGAGCGUGCUAAGCGUGACAUGGAGGAGACCAUCAAGAAGCGUGAUUAUGACAUCAGCCAGCUGAACAGCAGACUGGAGGACGAACAGAGCCUGGUUGCACAGCUACAGAAGAAGAUCAAGGAAUUGCAGGCCCGAAUUGAAGAGCUUGAAGAAGAGUUGGAAGCCGAAAGACAGGCUCGUGCUAAGGCAGACAAGCAGCGUGCUGAAUUGAGCCGUGAGCUUGAUGACCUCAGCGACCGUCUGGAGGAACAGGGCGGAGCCACUUCCGCGCAGAUUGAGCUGAACAAGAAGCGAGAGGCGGAGCUGAUCAAAAUCAAGCGGGAUCUGGAUGAAGCCCACAUGCAGCAUGAGACCUCCAUGGCGUCCAUCCGCAAGAAGCAGCAGGAGACCGUUUCCGAGCUGUCCGAGAACCUGGACCAGCUCUCCAGGGCCAAGACCAAGAUCGACAAGGAUCGUCAGAUGCUGAAGGUAGAGGUGGAGGACCUGAACACAAACAUUGAAAUGCUACAGAGAUCUAAGUUGAACUCUGACAAGGCAAUCCACCAAUUGGAAGCUCAGCUGUCCGAAGCCAAUGCCCGUCUCGAUGAGCACACCCGCUCCAUCAGUGAGCUCAACUCCCAGAAGAACCGCCUGAAUAAUGAGAACUCGGAGCUGACUCGCCAACUGGAGGAGUCCGAGAGCAACUCUGGCCAGAUGAGCAAGAACCGCAUGCAGCUGCUGGCUCAGCUGGAAGAGCUCAAGAGGCAGCUGGAAGAUGAGGCCAGGGCUCGCCAGCAAGUGAACCAGCAACUGAAGCAAGCCCAGAUGGACAAUGACUCUCUCCGGGACCAGUUGGAUGAGGAGUGCGAGGCACGUUCUGACCUGGCUCGCCAACUGGCCAAGAGCAACAAGGAUUUGCAGGAUAUGAAGGCCAAGUUUGAUGGGGAAGCCGUACAGCGGGCAGAAGAUCUUGAAGAACAGAGGAAGAAGCUAAUGGUGCGCUUGGCCCAAAUUGAGGAGCAACUCAGCCAGGCACUGACCAAGAACAGCAGCCUGGAGAAGGCCAAGACCCGGCUUGCUGGGGAAGUAGAGGAUCUCCUGAUUGACGUGGAGAGGGAAUGCAGCCGUGCCAAUGCCCUGGAGAAGAAGCAGCGCAACUUUGACCAAGUCUUGGGCGAAUGGAAGGUCAGGGUGGACGACUUGACUGUGGAGCUGGAGGGUGCCCAACGUGAUGUUCGCCUGAACUCCACUGAGUUAUUCAAGGUUAAGAACUCCUACGAAGAGGUCUGCGAGACUGUUGAGUGUUGCCGCCGGGAAAACAAGACCUUGCAAGCUGAGAUUGCUGAACUCACCGACCAACUCGGUGAGGGUGGCAAGAACGUCCACGAACUGGAGAAGGCACGCAAGCGCCUGGAGAUGGAGAAGGAGGAACUUCAGGCAGCUUUGGAAGAAGCCGAGAAUGCCUUGGAGUUGGAGGAAGGCAAAGUGGUCCGUGCACAACUGGACUUGGCCCAGAUGAAGAAUGAAAUUGAGCGACGCCUCAACGAGAAGGAUGAAGAGUUUGAGGCCACUCGCAAGAACCACCAGCGUGCCCUGGAGUCCAUGCAGGCUAGCCUGGAGGUGGAGAUGAAGGGCAAGGGCGAGGCUCUCCGACUCAAGAAAAAACUGGAAGGCGAAGUCAACGAGCUGGAGAUCCAGCUGGAUGCUGCCAAUAGACAACUCGCUGAGUUGAACAAACUCAUCAAGAAGUACCUGGCCGAUCUCAAGGAAUCACAUGACCAUUGUGAUGAACUGUGCCGUCAACGUGAUGAUGCACGUGACACGCUGCAGUUGAUUGAGCGUCGAUCCAACCUUCUCAUGGCUGAAUUGGAAGAGCUCCGUGCCACUCUGGAACAUUCUGAAAGAUGCCGCAAGCAAGCAGAAGGGGAAUUGGCCGACCAGUCUGACCGUAUGUCUGAACUGACCACUGCCAACCAUAGCCUGACCAGCCAGCGCCGCAAACUUGAGGCCGAGAUCCAGACCAUCCAAGGCGAGCUGGACGACAUGAGUAACGAGGCACGCAACGCAGACGAUCGCUGCAAGAAGGCUGUAUCAGAUGCCACUCGCAUGGCAGAAGAACUCAGGGCAGAGCAGGACCACUCCUUGCACGUCCAGAAGAUGUACAAGUCAAUGGAGAUCACCAUCAAGGACAUGACAUCAAGACUGGAAGAAGCUGAGGCCAUGGCCCUCAAAGGAGGAAAGACCACCAUCAUGAAGCUGGAGAAGAAGCUGCAUGACACUGAGCGUGAUCUGGAUGCAGAGUGCCGCCGCCGCAGUGACUUAGACAAAGCUAUAAGGAAGCAGGACCGCCGUCUGAAGGACAUGAUCGUGUCUGCCGAUGAAGACCGCAAGAGCCAGGAACGGCUCCAGGAGGUGGUUGAUAAACUGCAGAUCAAAUGCAAGAACUUCAAGAGACAAGUGGAGGAGGCUGAAGAGAUGGCCAACCUGAAUCUCAACAAGUUCAAGGGAGCCCAGCGUGAGCUGGAGGAUAUGGAGGAACGCGUGGAGAUCGCCGAGUCCACAGUCAACAAGCUGCGUGCCAAGCACCGCAGUGGUGCUCUCACCACCACCACCCGCGUCACCACGAAAUCUGCCAGUGGAUCUUCAAGCUACACUAAGAGUGCCUCAUCUUCUAGCCGUCGUUAGAUGUCUCAUUACCACCAUCCAAGCAUAUCAUUGUAGAUCUCUAUGGGUGGUUUCAGCCGAUUCUCUUUGCCAAUCCCUCGAGCCCAAGCUUCCCCAGUAACUGAUCGCAGUAGCCGUAGCAGCCGCAGUAGUCGGAGUUCUGUAACGUCAACCGAUGGAAAAGAUCAGGAAGAAGAAGAGGAGGAGGAAGAGGAGGAAUAGGUUGAUGACGUAGACUCUGAUGUUUCUUAGCACUUUGCAAUGAGGCAUAGCUUUGCAUGCAGGUUAUUUAGCACAGGGAUAUGUGACCUUUGACAGAGCAAUGUUCAAAAGCAACAUUUUCAGAAAUUUCUUGUACACUAAAUAAUACACACUCCUGUCACAUGAAUUCAUUUUUUUCUUUUGAGUGUUAUUUCCUAUAGGCCCUAAACCCCCAAAAUGCUUUGUGGGGGCGGAGCAACUUGGGGGACAAAAGGCAAUAAUUAUUAAUAAUUUUGCUUGUAUUCAAUUAGUACUAUAUAGCUCAGUACUUUUAAAAUGAAUAAUAUGCAAACAGGUGCAUUCAAUAAUAUGCAAUAGUUUGAGACAGAUGAUUAGUUUAUUUAUUGAUUUCAUAGCAUUUUAUGAUAUAGUAUUUAACUAUAGUAUUUAAUUUGAUGACAAAAAAUCUACUUAUUUAUAUUUGUCAUUUAUGCAACUUUCUAUUCUUAAAAUAUACCUGUAAUAAAAUAAUGUGAAAGGUUCUCAAUACUUUCGCUGGCUUGACGAAGUAUAAAUGUAUUAAGUGUUUAAAAAUGGCAUCGCAGUCAACAAAACUGAGGCAAAGAUUUGGCUGAAAAGAUUCGGAGCCUUAAAUCUUCACCUUUGAUCUGGGAGCCAUGUUUGAAUAAAUAUAUACUGUUUGAUGAUUAAUCAAUCGGAUGAAGGCGCUACAAAGUUAAUGAUGUAAGCGGAGUGAAAAUGCAUGCUACAGGGGUUAGUUAAACGGUUUAUAAACAACAUUGUGUGGUUUAUGAUUAAACCAUUUGAAAUGUUUACAGGACUUUAACCGAUUGUUUGAAUGCUAAUGCGGUUUGAUGACGAUGAAAGGCAAUCGCAAGAUGUGACCUUAACCAAAUCAGUUUGUACCUGUAAUUGUGAGAGUCAGGUACAUGUAUUGGGUUGAUGGGGAAAAUUCUGACAGAAGCACGCCAGUUUUGCAAAAUAAAAAGCACGGAUGUUUGCAGUUGUAGUGAGAAGAACUUGUUAAUUACCAAUCGUGGCUGAAAAGAUGGUCUAGUAAUGGUACCAAUAUUUUUGUCAUUACCGUAAAUUCCCACAUAAAGAUCACACGUGAACUGUAUUUUAACAGUAGGACCUAGUAGUACUAAACUUCAUGUAUAAUAAGUCCUUUAUUUACUUUUUCCAAAUCUUGUAUUGUAACUUUGGUGCACACUUCAUAUUUUAAUGAAAGGUUGUUUGGAAUUAUGUUACGGAUAUCAUGGUCUCAUUCCAAACUGAAAACAUUUAAUCGUGAACCUUGUAUGCUUGAGAAACUUGAACCAUGGUUUUUGAUUAAGUCCAACCUAUCACAAAAUAUAAUCAUGAUCUGAAAAGUGUACAUACACAACAGCUCAUCUGUUCAUCAGAUGCGGAGUUGUAAUCCUGGUGAAGAUAGUCACUGUGUAUCAUAAACCAGUAUUGUCCUAUUAACUAGUUUAGUUGGUUUUAAAGGUAUAAACCCUUGUAAUGGAGGAGGAGAGACUUGGGCUGGUUACCACCCAUGAGGUUUUUUUAGACUGGUGGAGGCACUGAACGAUAUGUAAACUACGUUCUGGCAUGGUACUUAGAAUGCAGUAACUUGACUCUUUAUGACUGCGUUAUCUAAACUAGUUACAAGUAAACCGGUUUUGAGUUAGGUAUAGUUGAUGGUUUAUGAUGUGAAACCUAAUGUGGCUUUCAUGGCAAUCGAUUGCUUUAUUGUAUGACUUGUUCGUUUAUUUCAUGUGAUCGUUUCCCCUUUAAAAACAAAUGCUUACGAUUAAAACUUGCGUGAGUUGGUACCAAUUCGCUGUUUAACAAAAUUAAAAUUUGUCGAAGGUUU